CCGGGCGGCGUGUGUGCAGCCCGCCGGGUAGUGGUCCGCGAGCCGGGACUGGCGGACACUUCACAGCGCUGGCCCCGAGCCGGGCGGGGGGCGUCGGGUGCCAGCCAGGCGGCCCCGGUCGGCAGCGGCGGCGGCGGCGGCGGGGCGUGCGGCCGGGAGGCCAUUUCCUCGCUGCGCCCCUGGCGGAGCCGGGUUUGCCUGCUCUUGGCUGCCGCCGCCGCCACCGCCGCCGCCGCGCGAGUCGGACCGCCGGGAGGGCUGGAGGGGAAACCAGGUCACCGGUUCGCAGACGCGGCGCGGAGCGGGCGCCCGGGGCCCGGAAUCUGCGGUUUCCCUCCCAUGGCCGUCCUGCGUGGGUGCCAAGUUCCACACGUGAUUUAAUGGAUCAGAAGGAGAUAUCAGUGAAAAAAAGGGUCCAGAAUGAUUACUAACCUAUGACUCCCAACAGUAUGACAGAAAAUGGCCUUCCAGCCUGGGACAAAUCGAAACACUGUCCAGACCGAGAACACGACUGGAAGCUAGUAGGAAUGUCUGAAGCCUGCCUACAUAGGAAGAGCCAUUCGGAGAGGCGCAGCACGUUGAAAAAUGAACAGUCGUCACCACAUCUCAUCCAGGCCACUUGGACUAGCUCAAUAUUCCAUCUGGACCAUGAAGAUGUGAACGAUCAGAAUGUCCCCAGUGCCCGGAGCUUCCAAACGGAGGAAAAGAAAUGUAAAGGGUACAUCCCGAGUUACUUAGACAAGGACGAGCUAUGUGUAGUGUGUGGUGACAAGGCUACGGGGUAUCACUACCGCUGCAUCACGUGUGAAGGCUGCAAGGGUUUCUUUAGAAGAACCAUUCAGAAAAAUCUCCAUCCAUCGUAUUCCUGUAAAUAUGAAGGAAAAUGUGUCAUAGACAAAGUUACACGAAAUCAGUGCCAGGAAUGUCGCUUUAAAAAAUGCAUCUAUGUUGGCAUGGCAACAGAUUUGGUACUGGAUGACAGCAAGCGGCUGGCAAAGAGGAAGCUGAUAGAGGAGAACCGGGAGAAGAGACGACGGGAAGAGCUGCAGAAAUCCAUCGGGCAUAAGCCGGAGCCCACGGACGAGGAGUGGGAGCUCAUCAAAACCGUCACCGAAGCCCAUGUCGCCACCAAUGCCCAAGGCAGCCACUGGAAGCAGAAACGGAAAUUUCUGCCAGAAGAUAUUGGACAAGCACCAAUAGUAAAUGCCCCAGAAGGUGGAAAGGUUGACUUGGAAGCCUUCAGCCAUUUUACAAAAAUCAUCACACCAGCAAUUACAAGAGUGGUGGACUUUGCCAAAAAGUUGCCUAUGUUUUGUGAGCUGCCAUGUGAAGACCAGAUCAUCCUCCUCAAAGGCUGCUGCAUGGAAAUCAUGUCUCUUCGCGCGGCUGUGCGCUACGACCCAGAAAGUGAGACUUUAACCCUGAAUGGGGAAAUGGCAGUGACACGGGGCCAGCUGAAAAAUGGGGGUCUAGGGGUGGUGUCGGAUGCCAUCUUUGACCUGGGCAUGUCGCUGUCUUCUUUCAACCUGGAUGACACUGAAGUAGCUCUCCUUCAGGCUGUCCUGCUGAUGUCUUCAGAUCGCCCAGGGCUUGCCUGUGUUGAGAGGAUAGAAAAAUACCAAGAUAGUUUCCUGCUGGCCUUUGAACACUAUAUCAAUUACCGAAAACAUCACGUGACACACUUUUGGCCAAAACUCCUGAUGAAGGUGACAGACCUGCGGAUGAUUGGAGCCUGCCAUGCCAGCCGCUUCCUGCACAUGAAGGUGGAAUGCCCCACGGAACUCUUCCCCCCGUUGUUCUUGGAAGUGUUCGAAGAUUAGAUUGACUGAAUUCAUUCUCAUAAUUCCCACAGCACUACUGGGUGUCAUUUCAUUCCAUUGCCUAGCUCUUUUUUGUUUGUUCCUUUGUUGCUUUGUGUUGGGAGGGAUUGUUUGGGGAUAAAAGAAGGUAGUCCUUGGCACAGACAUGGAUGAAAUUGCCCCUCAAAUGCGGGUACUUGUAACUAUUGCAUUUUGUUCUCCAGUCCUUUGAUGUGAAUGCUUUGAAGGUUUUACAGUUGUGGAGGUGGGGGUGGGGACAAUCAUUAAUUCACCAGCAACAAGCCAUCACCAGCUCCCAUCUGUCCCUGGUCAGAGACUCAAGCAAGCAAAAUGGCACAGCAGAAGACUAAAGAAGCCUUAAAAUCAACAUAAUAUGGUCAUCUUGAUCCAAUCCUGCCUUUUGCAGGGCUCAAGUUAGCAGGGCACACACCACCUUUGGUUAGAUGUGGCUUUUCAACUUUCUAGGGAAAGGUCUCAACAAAUUUUUAUCUGUUCAAGAGCAUGAUGUUUUCAGCAGUCUUCAUUCUCUCCUAGCAGCAUAACUUGGAAUGUACAGGAAUAUUUGUUCCCAAAAUAUCAAUUUUUAUAAUCGUAUGAUUGAAUUCAAAUCAUACAAGGGUGUGACUCAAAGAUGGGCAGGUAUUUGACUGAAACCAACAAGGAAAACAAUUUUCUUCAGUGAGCCCAAAGAAAUUAGAAAUCUUCACCAAUGUCAGUGAUUCAAGUUUCCAAAAAUUCACAUAGUAUUACCUCAUAGGAGGAAGGCUUCUUUACAGCUUAGGCUCAGAGAAAAGUUUCCACAGAAAUCAAACCUAUUUACAAAGCAUCAUCACUUUUCAAUGACAUCUGAUCUGUCAUCUCCCAAACUCCUGAAGUUAUUUAUCCUGAUUGCAUCUUUGCUAAGCUGACAACAGAUUUCCCUACGGAUCAAAUCUUCUAAUCAAGGAGAAAGAACAAGCUGAAAUUUGAGACUUGUUCUGGAGGAAUUCUAAGGAGAGAUUAAGGUGGUUAUAUUCUGGGUUGAAGGAAAUGCCGUGUUCUGAGAGCCCCCUGCAUGGACUGAUGGUUUGGGGAUGCUUCCUUCUGGUCUUAGAUCCUCAAGCUCUUUGCUCUACUCACAAAUACUGUCUAGUCACCUUUUCCCUCUGACUCUGAGGCUGGACUGUCGCUAAACAAAGACUGACCCUCUCCGUCCUUCUUAUAUCAUUGCCCUGACAUAUAUUCAACAGUCCUGCCGCCAUGUACACGAACCCUCACUCACCUUCGCUGCCCAGCCCUCCUCCCCAAUGGCAAACACUGGAGUAGCUUGUGCUCGGAAAAUAAAUGGUAACCCUUGAUCCCUUCAGCGUCAGAAAAUGGGCAAAGAAUGUUCCCAUGCAAUUGAAUGUAUCUCAUUCUUCACUGGAUAGUAGUCAUAAACUAUUCCUUUGCUUGCCUUGUACUGCCUUAUCCUGGAAAUAUUGGGGAAAAUAAGCCAUAUCAGUAAGAUUUACCUAAAAACAAAAGAAUGAAAGUCACUGUGAAAACCAAGUGGACUAAUUUUUUUUAAUUGGCCCAGAAGUCAGGGUGCAUAAGUUCUAGUUUGUGCUCUGUCGACUUGUAGAUUUGUGACUUUGGGUCUUGGUUUUCUCACCUGGUGAAUAAGUCAUGAACUCUAAAAUCCUUCCCAUCCUUAAUAUUGUACUAAUUUCAAGGGGGGGAGAACCUGGUUCUUUUGAUUAUUUCUUUCAUAUUCAAAUUUCUAGCUUUAUUAGACAAAAAUUAUGUCCCUCUUAACAGUUAAGAAAAGUAUAUUUAGUAUUCAUUCAAAAUAAGAAUUUGACGCACUAAUCAACUUUAGAGAAAUGCAGCAUGGCCUUGGAAAAAGGAGAUGAACAGCACUGGAAACAAUCUGGGAGGAAAAUGAUAUGUUUAAUGCACUGAAACAAUUAUACUGGCUUCUGGGGAAAAGGAAAAAGAACAUCGCUAUGGAACUUGCUAACCAGAGAAAGGAAGUAGGUGAAGAGAUUAAAGUUAUAAACAUGAAGUUCUUGGGUAGAUUACCUGCUUUGACUUUAUCUACAGACAGUUUUUUUGGUUUUCUUCUCUCUAGACAGCCCUCUAGCCCGUCUCCUUAAGUCUGUGCUUUAUUAACAUCUCAGCUCCCUCUCUUGUUGAAGAACUACUCCUUCAAACAUGACCGCUUCAUCAAUCACCUUCUAGUUCCAGAAUAACUAAGCUUUGCGGUGUGGAGCAAGCUUUCCCUCAGAAGGGAAGGAGAGGAAGGCAAACAGGUGGGGCACUGGAGGGUUCAUAGACUCCUUGGGCAUCAAGAUGUCCCGGGAAAGUUUCCUCAAUUUGUCAGAGAUUCCCCAGUACAUCAGACACUCCCAGAUUUGAAUGUAUGGACAGAGCCUGAUCUUAAGGUAAAUUGGGAUGCUUUGACGAUUAACUAUGAUUGGGCAUUGGCCAAAUGGUACAGUCUAUCUACAGUAAUCCAGCCAGCCCCACGUAAAUUUAUGUUUCGUCCUCGGCUCCUUGAAUGAUUGCCCUAAACAGGCAAACCGCUGAUCUAAAAAUCUUGUUGAAGGCUGAAUACUUGAAGCUGAGUAGGACAUGCCUUAAAGUACUUUAGGUUGAAAGGAAAGGCUAUAAGGACUCAAAGGCUCCUGACCCCAGUGGUCGAAGUGACUCGUUUCUUCUGUAACUGAGGUACGUAGUGCAUCUCAAGACUCCAUCUCAUAAAACUCGAUUAGGAGGGAUUUGCUUUGGAUUAUUUUUUUAACUUUUUUUCUUAUAUUGUCUGAACUUUCAGACCAAGUGUGGACUUGAUUGAAACCCCUCACAGCGGGGAGAUAGCCCAGCAGAGGAGAACACACCUGUACAACUGGGAUUCUUAUUUAUAAAUCACUUAACUUCUCGAGAUGAGUGGUGUGGGGUGGGGAGGGUGUCUUCAUAACCCUCAAGUGUACUUUACUCUUCAAUUUAGACGUGCAGUAUUUCCAGAAAUAGUGAAAAAAGUAAGAUCUUUUCUUCUUUAUGAUUCUGCUCAAAACACCAUGUGCCGCCUCAGAGCUUUUUCUAGUCAAAUGAGCCUCAGUCCUCAAUGACGCGCUUGCCGUGUUGAUGCCUCAGCCCAGUGAUGUCCCCUCACCUGUGCCCCGAGUGACACCUCUUCCAUUGGCAGCAUGGUCAUCGAGUGGACCAUCAGGCUCAGCUCUGCUCCAGCAACGCCAUUCUCAUUGCUCUUCCGUGAACAGGUGUGCAAGCCUUGGCCCCUCCUCAAUACUAACCCCCAACCCCCACAGACUCAGGCUCCACGCAACUGCUGAGCACACUCAAAGCAUGUCAUUGUCAGUGAUACAUUUUUAUUCUACGGAACUCUAACCUAUUCGUGUCAUAUUGACCUUUUGCUGCAUGAGUCAUAAAUUAUGAAAUCGGUCUUAUGGUUUUUUGAAAUGUAGCCAGCGUUUGUAAGGCUAAACCUUUUUCAUAAACUGAAUUUAAGUAAAUAACCAAGCCACAGUUC